CAGCAGCAGCGGACAUCAAAUGCGUGACACUGACCAUCAUCAUGAUCACAGCAAUCAGAACCAGAAGCAGGAACAACACCAGAACCGCCGUCGUCAAUCAACAAUACCAUCUUGGAUCUUAACUUUAAUCGUAUUUUUAUCUUUAUUCAAUUUGCAUCAGGUCACGGCCGAAAAGAGCAAACAAUAUUACAUGCAUUCGUUGUGUAAGAACCAUUUUCUGCAGCAAUUAUAUAGAAAGAUCGAUGGUGCGGUAUUGUGGUCGCAGAAUGAACGAAAUCUAGAUUGCAUCAUUACGUUCCAGACGCAUUCGAUAUUGCAGCGGUUUAUGCUGAGGUUUGAUAUGUUGCAAUUAGAUUGCAAUGAUCAUUUGUAUGUUUAUGAUGGAGCGCAUGCUGUGGCAACACCAAAGGUUGACAUAUCUUGUAGAAAUACCAAGCAAACGGUCAGCUCAAUUUUGACCAGAACGAAUUUCGUUACGCUGAAGUAUGUCACUGAUGGCUGGGGAACAGAUGCAAAUGGUUUCAAAUUAGUGAUAACAUCUGUGAAAGAUCCAAAACACACGUGUAAAGAUUUCACGUGCUCGCAAAGAGAGUUUUGUAUUCAUCCAGAUUUACUGUGUGAUGGCAUUAACCAUUGCGGCGAUAACUCCGAUGAAUCAGUUCAUAAUUUAUGCCAUAACCAAACGUCAAGUACGGUCCUUGGCCUAGACCUGACAUGGUUCGUUUUGAUCACAGUUUGUGGUUUGCUGAUAAUAUGUACUUGUAUAGCUGGUUGGGCUAUUUGUAUUUGCCGUCGGAACGGCGCAAAUGGCAACCAAAAUACAUCAAUACAAUUACAUCAUGCAGCUGAAACGAAUGGCUCGUCAAAACUGUUACACGGCACGCUAUCACGUGAACAUACAACACUGCCGAAUUCGGGAAACUGGCAUCACCCUGCGGGACCAUCAGGGUACCACCGCACUCAACACAAAUUAUUGAAGAUGGCCACCAAAGUCCGUCCCAUUUGGUGCUUGGUAAAUUCCGGCAAUUAGGUCAAGAUAUCUCCCAAACAACAACCACAACAUCCGCAUCUGGCAAUUCAAAUGCACAAAAAGAUGAAUGGUUCGUUUGAAUGUUGUUGUACGUUUUAUUUAUUUUUGAUAUUCAAAAUGUACAAACCGGAGAUAAUAACGACAAAACUGCAGAAUAUAAACCUAGUUACUGACCAACAAGAAGAACAACAAAAAAUUACCAACUUAAAUGGACAUAGCAAAGUAAAGUUGUGAAGUAAAAAAGAAAAAACAAUUAAAUGCAACUUUAACGAAAGAAGUUCUCUUUAAACACACACAAGAGGGCAGCACCAUCGAAAAUGGGGAAUUUGACUUCAUUGAAAAUGACAAUUAAUGGUUUUAAACGUCACAAGAGUUAUGCAAUGAAUGAACUGGAACCCUUUUACUUUCUGAGACGCUGAACAAUGUGUGUGUUUAUGGAAUGGACCGACACUUGCUAUUCACUGAAUGAAGACUGUAUCAACAAUUUGUGGACAUCACCGCGCAGGGUGUGCUUAUAAAAUAUUCAAGAGAUAAAGUACCCAAAUCUCUUUGUCGAUGGACUAACACUCGGAUAACCAUCGCCUUUGUAAAUAUAUACAUAUAAAAAUACAAGUAAAUAACUAAAUAAACAACCAUAAACAAAUAAAAAUACUAAUAAUAACAAACAAACAAUUACAAUUUAAGAAAUUGUAGCCUAUAAGACACUCUUUUUUACAAAAAAAAGUAAACCAAAGUUAAAAUUAAAUUUAAACAAAACAAACCAAAUGCACACCAAAAGUUUGAAUAUUUAUUUCUUUAGUUUAAACCCGAAUUUUUACCAAAAAGUGUUUUGAAUAAAAAUAUUUCCGUUUUCAAUAGAAAUUAUACCAAAUAGUUACCUACGGGACUUCCAAACAAAAACAAAAUCCCUCAUCCUCAUAGUACACAAAAUAUUAAAAUGAAAUUGAAAAUAAAAAUAAGAACUAAAUUUUUUUUAAUGCUUAAGUAUACAUGUAAAAUUAAUAAUAUUAACAAUGUAAUAUUGAAAACCAAAAAUAAAAAACAAAAAAAGUAUAAAACAUAAAACAAGGGAUGUAAAUAGUUGACAAUACAAAAAUAUUUUUUAAUUCAAAACGACUUUUUUUUGGAACAACAAUUUUAAUUCAAAAUAAGAAAACCAUACUUUUUCUACAUAAAUACAAUUUUAUUAUUUAACAUCUAGGAUUUUAUUUAAACAAAAAACAAAUAUUAUUUGGCUACUUAAAGUAAUAAGAAUUUAAUGAGAGGAAGAAAUUAAACAAAAUGAGACAUAUAGGACGUAUAUGACAAUACCAGCUGAUUUUUUAAUUUUACUAAAAAAUAAAAACAAGUUUACUGAAAAUGGAAAAUUAAGAUAUAAACAAAAACACAAAAAACCAAUUACAUUUAGGUAUUUAGAUAUUUAAAGAAAAAAGAAAAACAAAAAAACAUUUUUUUACUUCUAUAUACAUAAAAACACGAAAUGAAAAUAAAAAAAAGAAAAACGUUUACAUAACUUAAUCAAUCUUUAAAAUCGUUUUAAACAAAUGGAUAACAAAACUAAAUAAAAAUCUUCAUACGAAUGUUUUGUCCGCAAGGCUUUUUAAAAAAAAAAAACUGAAUAGAAAUCAACUCAAUUAUGUAUUUCGAAAUAUUUCUUUACUUAAACAAACAAACAAAAAGAAGAAAACUAAAAACAACUAAUUUGACAAACAAAAAUUUAAAACAACAAUGCAUAAUAACAAAUAAGACUUCCCGCCGUUGACAAGCAAAUCAUAAUAAACGAAACUUCAGUACAUUAAAAAGAACAAGAAAGAUCAAUUAUUAAUACAACAGUUUUUUGCUAUAAGAACAUUUUUUUAAAUCCAGUCUUCAUAAUUUAAUAAACAAAAACAAAAAAACACGACGAUAAAUAUCAGUUUUCCAUAUCAAACGCAAAAACCAAAAUAAAUUACUCAUGUAUACAUAAACUUAUGUUUCUAUAACGAAAAUCAAUAUAAACCAUUUUUAACGAAUAAUCAAAGCAAUUACUUAACGAAAGACGAAAUAAAUUCCAUUUCAGUGAACAUGUGUUUAAGAAAUUUUAAACAUUUAGUUACAAACUUUUAUCAUAUUUUUAAAAUGUAGUAAGGAUAAAAUUAUUUAAAUCGAUGUGACUGAGGCACGAUGGCAACAUUAGUUCCGAUAAAUCUGACAUUUUCGUUGAGUUUGAAAAAAUAAGUUUCAUAGUGUUUUUCACAAACUGUCAAAAUGACUGCCCCUGGACACAGUUUAGCAAUUUCAUGAGGAAUAACGAAACAUCGUUUAGAGAAACAAUGCGAUUUCAAUAAAUGAUGUGAAAACAAUAAAUGAUGUGCUUUGGAAUUAUAUGGUCUGCCAUUUUAUUUGUCUCUAAAACACUCCAAACUAUCUGUCUUAAGUGGCUCCCUAGCCUUUUUUAGCAGACAUUAAAUAAAAAUGUGUCAAUUUCAAACAAGUACGUAUUUUGACUCUCAAUGACUGUUAAUUUAAUUCCUUGCAUAAGUUCUGUCAAUUUAAUUUUUUAUAAAUGAACUUGACAUGACUUUGAGCUAAAUAGAACAGAUCCUUAAAAAUUCAAAAACGCGAACAGAACUAUUUUUGAAGUGCAGUGAGCAAUAAAAUAACAUUCAAAACAAAUGUUAACAUAAAUCAAACUAACAUUUGAAAAAUACAGAUACCGAAUUUACUAGGUUUAAAGUGGCUACGUUUGAUUCGCAAUACAUUUGUUUGUGAAGUACCAAAACGGAAAGGUAACAUUAUCUGUCAAAACAAAAAUACAAUUUUAUGGUAGAAUCAAACAAUGAACAAACGGCACGCGAUAUUAGAAAAACAAAAGUUUGCUUUGAACAUAAAUUAGACGUUUCCCAAAUUGGAUGCGCUGAGUAUACCGAAAAUAUUGGGCUAGUUUGAGGUUUAUUUUUGACAAUAGAUAAUUUGUUCACAAACCUAUCCGGGUAGUAUUGGAUUGAUCACCGAACGUGACAAGUUUUUUGUGUCAAAAAAGACAUGUUCAAUGAAAUAACAUUUCAGAGAUUGUAGAACACACGAUUCCUGAACUAAAUUUAUCAACUUUAACUGUCAAGUGUAAUGAAGAAUGGCUUGCUCAAUUAUAAUGAGGAUUUUAUUAUUUUGAAUAUGUCUGUCUAACAAUGCAAAAAAUUCUAAUAAAAUCUCAAAGGGGAUAAGGUUUAUCUUAAUAGGAAAAUCGGUCGCUCGAAGUUUAUCUCUAGAAAAUCUUUAAAACCGUCAUUUUUGAAAAUGAAUUCACUUCCGAGGGUCUCGAGUAGGUAAAAACGAAAACAAUUAUUUUAACUUACUACAUUUUAAUAUUAUUAUGAUGGAAUCUUUUUUUUUAAAUAUCAUCUGUGGAAUAUCCAUUUAUUUGUCCAACGCCAUCUUAAGCCAUUACAACAUUGAACAUUAAUAAAUAAAUUAGCUUUUUUUCAGCAUUAACAAUAAAAUAUUUUCAUUAUUUUAAUUCAUAUAUUUUUUAUUUUUUAAAAUACAUUAUACACAAAAAUACAUACUUUUAGGUGUAUAAAAGUAUUUCAUAUACGAAAAAUGAAACCAUUCAGAGCGCUAAACUAAUUUAGUAACUAUAAUUAGGAAUCUAAAAACAGUUAAAACAAGAACAUUGAUUUUCCCACGCUCUACUAAACAAAUUAGUACAAGUGUGUCUCUGUAUCAUACAUAUAUAUAAAAAAAACAUAUACAUUAUAUAUAAAAUAUUAAACAUUGCAGUAAACUAUUUAAAUCCUCAAGACUUUUGUAAAAAUAAAUAAAAUAAAUUAUAUAAAAUUAAAAAUAGAGAAAAAUGAUUUAAACAUUUUCUUCGAAAAUAUAAUAGAUGAACAACAAAAUAAAAUUACAAUUAUUAUUAUAGCUUAAUUCGAAUUUGAUUUUAUAUAAAUUAAAUUAAAAAAUUAAAAAACAAACGUCUCUUAAUUUUAUUUAUAUAGUUACAGAAUUAUUUUUCCAAAUAAUUAAAAAAAAAUAUAGUAACUAGUAAAUUUUUAGAUGAAAUUACAUUUUUGAAACAAAGCUAAAACAAAAAUUAAUUAAAGAAAACAAAGCGAAACAAAAUAAACCUAAUUUGGAAGACUUUUUGGACAAAAUCUCAACUCAACUUUAAUGUUGAGUAAAAUUUUCAAAAAAACAAAAAUAAGAAGCAACCAAAAAUUAUCUGUUAGACUACAUUUACAGGAAAACAAAGUAAACGAAAUCAUAAUAAAAUGAAUAAUUAAAAUAAAAACAGUAGUUUAAAAAAAAUAUAUAUAUUACGAGAAAAAUAAUAUAUAGUGGAAAUAGUAAUUGUCAAAACCUAACCUUUUGGACGUUAUAUACAUUUAUAUAAAAGAAAAUGCAUUUCUUAGUUUUCUUUUCGAUCGUCUCCAAAAAUUAUUUGAAUUUUUCAAGAAAAUUCUGUUCUUAUUGUAUUGAAAUUUAUAUUUCCUAGUAAAAUAUUAGUAAAUUUUUUGAAAGUCGCAUUUCGAUAGACUUUAUACUUAAAAAAAUAUUAUGGGCUCUUGACACUUUUGAAAAGAGUUACUUUCUCUCUAGUUCGAGACCCUGUCGCCUUCCAUCCUUCAAAAAAUUAAAAACCAAUCUAAAAUUCAAUAUUUCAUUCUUAAUUUUGUGUUUUUUCCAAUUGAAAUUACUUUGUUUCUUUAAAUUUAAAUCAUUGUAAUGUUGAAUAUAUAAAAAAUACAAAUAAUUAAAUUUAAAAAAAAACACAACAUAUUUAUUAUAUACAAAAAAAAGAAAGUGGAUACAAAACAAAAUCAAUUUAUCAUCAAGAAAAUAAUAAAAAUUAAACUAAUUAACUACCGAAUUAAGUUUUAGUAAGAACCAACAACAACAACAACAAAAUAAUGAUAAUUAAAUAAGGAAAUGUAUAAGAAGGUUAUUUAAGAGUAAAACGAAGAAAUUGAAAAUGGGGAGCGAAAUUUAAAUCAAUUAAAAAAUGAAUAAAAUGGAAAUAAACAUGAACAAAAAUAAAUGCUUAGCUUUGUGUUAAAUUGCUGUUAAAUGUAUAAGUACCAUGAUAAUACUAAUAAAAAAAAUUAUAAAAUUA